AUGAAGCACCUCGCCGCUUACCUCCUCCUCCAGCAGGGUGGCAACGCCGCCCCCUCGGCCGCCGACGUCAAGGCUCUCCUUGAGGUCGUUGGCAUUGAGGCCGACGCCGCCCAGCUUGACAAGCUCAUCUCCGAGCUUGAGGGCAAGGACGUCAACGAGCUCAUCGCUGAGGGCUCGUCGAAGCUCGCCUCCGUCCCCUCGGGCGGUGCCGCCCCCGCUGCCGCUGCCGGUGGUGCCGCUGCCGCCGCCGGCGGUGACGCCGCCCCCGCUGAGGAGAAGAAGGAGGAGGCCAAGGAGGAGUCCGACGACGACAUGGGCUUCGGUCUCUUCGACUAA